AAAAUUUUCUGUAACAUGGGAUAACAGGAACAAAGUCUAUGUACAGCUUAGCUAAGAUUGACGUAUGGUUGGGACUUUUGUAAGUUCUUUAGCUUAGUAAGAUUUAGUAUGUGCAGAUCCGCUGGAUUUAGGAUUAUGUUUAGGUCCAGGGUCCUUGCUAGAAGUAGCAGGGAAGUUUGUGAGAACUCGCUGUUUGAUUCGAGCCGAGGCCGUCAGGCUUUGGCCCAGUAUUUGUCGUUGAAAGUUACGCAGAUCUUGACUCUCCAACAAUCCGGAACCCAAGAGAGCGACUAUUGGCCGUAGCUCCCUUAUAUGGGCAGGGGCUGGCCGUUUUAGGAUUGGUCCAGACAUCUGUCAAUCAGCUUUACAAGGUAUUGUAGCGGUAUCACAUGACCCAGAACCUCCAAAGGUCCUUUUAUCUACCAUAGAGACUAAACCACAGUCACAUGACCCGCAGGCCCUGCGACGCUAUGCAAGGCUCACAAGUAAAGAGUUUUACAUCACUGUGGUUCAUCUCUGAGCCCAUAGAUGUAGUCACCAUGAGAGGGAGUUACGUGGUCUUAAACUGCUCUGCUGGCUCAGAUCGAGGGUCACCAAUCAUCAAGUGGAAAAAAGAUGGAGUUUACCUAAAUUUAGCAAUAGAUGACAGAAGACAACAACAGUCCAAUGGAUCCUUGAUAAUACAGACUGUGGUACACUCGCGGCAUCACCGGCCCGAUGAAGGCUCUUAUCAGUGCGAAGCAUCAUUAGAUGGCGUUGGUGCCAUUAUUAGUCGGACAGCUAAAGUACUGGUUGCCGGUCCUCUGAGGUUCCUUUCCCAGACAGAAUCGGUUACUUCGUUUAUCGGAGAUACGGCUCUACUGAAAUGUGAGAUUGUCGGGGAGCCCAUGCCUACCGUCCACUGGCAGAAGAACCAAGAGGAUCUGGUGUUGACUCCUGGAGACACACGGGUGCUGGUCUUACCGUCAGGGGCCUUGCAGAUUAGUCGUCUACAAGCAGGGGAUGCUGGACUGUAUAGGUGUUUGGCUAAAAAUCCUGGUAGCUCCAGGACAGGAAAUGAAGCCGAGAUCCGCAUUCUAUCCGAAUCUGGGUUACAUCGACAACAAAUCUUCUUGCAGAGGCCCUCAAACCUCGCAGCCAUUGAAGGACAAGAUGUGGUUCUGGAAUGUGCAGUAUCAGGAUACCCGACCCCGAUCGUCUUCUGGAUGCGAGGAGAAGAAGUCAUCCCAACAAGGACAAGAAAAUAUUCUCUUCUUGGAAGCAGCAAUUUGCUGAUUACCAACGUGACGGAUGAUGACACGGGCACGUAUACCUGUCUGGUUACCUACAAGGGCGAGAACAGCAGUGCCUCGGCAGAGCUCAGCGUCAUGGUGCCCCCACGGUUCUUCAAUCACCCAGCCAAUCUCUAUGCCUAUGAAAGUAUGGACAUUGAGUUUGAAUGUGCUGUAACCGGGAAGCCUCCCCCUACAGUGAAAUGGACCAAGAAUGGAGAGGUGGUCAUCCCUAGUGACUACUUUCAGAUAGUGGGUGGCAGCAAUCUAAGGAUUUUAGGUCUGGUGAAGACAGAUGAAGGUUAUUAUCAAUGUAUAGCGGAAAAUGAAGCUGGAACAGCAGAGACGUAUGCACAGCUCAUCAUUCCAGACCCUGCUGUUCCCAGUUCCAGUGUCCUUCCCUCUGCUCCUCGAGAUGUGGUCCCUGUUUUGGUUUCUAGUCGAUUUGUACGUCUCAGCUGGAGGCCACCUGUAGACACACGAGGGAACAUACAAGCCUACACCGUUUACUUCUCCAAAGAUGGGGCUCACAGGGAGCGGGCCUUAAACACGUCACAGUCUGUGGCCCUGCAGUUAACAGUGGGCAACCUGAAACCCGAGGAGACUUACUCUUUCCGUGUGGUAGCUUAUAAUGAGUUUGGGCCCGGCGAGAGCUCACAGCCAGUCAAGGUGGCUACACAACCUGAAUUGCAAGUUCCAGGACCAGUAGAAAAUCUUCAAACAUUCUCGACUUCUCCUACCUCAAUUUUAAUUUCUUGGGAACCCCCUGCCUAUGCAAAUGGUCCUGUUCAAGGCUACAGAUUACUCUGCACAGAGACUAUUUCAGGGAGAGAACAGAAUAUUGAAGUCGACGGGCUGUCGUACAGAUUAGAAGGUCUUCGGAAGUUUACAGAAUACAGCAUAAGAGUCUUGGCAUACAACCGCUAUGGACCAGGAGUCUCUACUGAGGAACACACAAUUACGACACUGUCUGAUGUACCAAGCGCCAUGCCUCAAAAUGUGUCAUUAGAGGUGGUGAGCUCAAGGAGUAUUAAGGUUAGCUGGCUGCCGCCCCCAUCAGGAACCCAAAAUGGUUUUAUUACUGGCUACAAAAUCCGUCACAGAAAGACCACCCGACGGGGAGAACUGGAGACUAUAGAGCCGAAUAAUCUAUGGUACUUGUUCACAGGACUUGAGAAGGGCAGCCAGUACAGCUUCCAAGUCUCUGCAAUGACCGUGAAUGGAACUGGACCCUCAUCUGACUGGUAUACAACCGAAACGCCGGAGAACGAUCUUGACGAAUCUCAGGUGCCCGACCAGCCCAGUUCUCUUCAUGUCAGGCCUCUGACUACCAGUAUCAUUAUGAGUUGGACUCCGCCGCUGAACCCUAACAUUGUGGUGCGCGGGUACAUAAUUGGCUAUGGUGUCGGAAGCCCCUAUGCCGAGACGGUGAGAGUGGACAGCAAACAGCGCUAUUAUUCCAUUGAGAAUUUAGAACCAAGCUCCCAUUAUGUGAUUUCCCUGAAAGCCUUUAAUAACGUCGGAGAGGGGGUCCCUCUCUAUGAAAGUGCCACAACUCGAUCUCAAACUGACCCCUUGGAUCCCUCAGAAAUUGAGUUUUAUCCUUUUAUUGAUGAUUUUCCUACCUCAGUCCCAGAAAUGUCCACCCCCAUGCUCCCACCAGUAGGUGUUCAGGCCGUUGCUUUAACGCAUGAUGCCGUGAGAGUCAGCUGGGCAGACAAUUCUGUCCAAAAGAACCAAAAGACCGCAGAAGUUCGUUUCUACACAAUACGGUGGAGGACAAGCUACUCAUCCAGCUCCAAAUACAAGUCUGCUGAUACAACAUCUUUAAGCCAUACAGUUACGGGUCUGAAACCGAACACCAUGUAUGAGUUUUCAGUGAUGGUCACAAAAGGCAGAAGGUCUAGUACAUGGAGUAUGACAGCUCAUGCUACUACUUAUGAAACAGCGCCAACAUCUGCCCCGAAGGACUUAACAGUCAUCACAAGGGAAAGGAAGCCUCGAGCUGUUACAGUCAGCUGGCAGCCGCCCAUCGAAGCCAACGGCAAGAUUACUGCGUAUAUCCUGUUUUAUACCUUGGAUAAGAACCUCCAGAUAGAUGACUGGGUAAUGGAGACGAUUGGCGGCGACAGACUCACUCAUGAGAUCCUCGACCUCAACCUAGAUACAGCUUAUUAUUUCAGGAUACAGGCUCGUAAUGCCAAAGGUUUGGGGCCCCUCUCUGACCCAAUUCCUUUCAGAACGCCAAAAGUGGAACAGUCUGACAAAAUGCCUAAUGACCAAGGUCAACACGGGAUGUACUGGCCAGUGGAUAACAAUCUGAUUGACAGGAGUAGCCUUAAUGAACCUCCUAUAGGACAGAUGCACCCCCCUCAUGGUGUAACACCCCAGAAGAACAGCAACCUCCUGGUGAUCAUUGUGGUCACUGUUGGAGCCAUCACAAUCCUGGUGGUGGUGAUCGUGGCCGUGAUCUGCACAAGGAGAUCGUCCGCACAGCAGAGAAAAAAGCGAGCCACACACAGUAUCAGUAAGAGGAAAGGGAGUCAGAAGGAUCUGAGACCACCGGAUCUGUGGAUCCACCAUGAGGAGAUGGAAAUGAAGAACAUUGAGAAGCCGGUGGGAUGUGACACUCAAGGAAGAGAAUCGCCAAGACAGAGCUGUCAGGACAUCACGCCUGUCAGUCAUAGCCAGUCAGAGUCACAGCUAGGGAGCAAAAGUGCAUCACAUUCAGGGCCGGACACUGAUGAGGCUGGAAGUAACAUCUCCACCCUGGAGCGAUCUUUAGCUGCACGGAGAGCCACAAGAGCCAAACUCAUGAUCCCAAUGGACUCACAGUCCAACAACCCCCCUGUUGUCAGUGCCAUACCAGUGCCCACGUUAGAAAGCGCCCAGUACCCGGGAAUACUUCCAUCACCGACCUGUGUAUAUCCUCAUCCGCAGUUUACGCUGCGUCCUGUUCCUUUCCCUACUCUUUCAGUGGAUCGGGGAUUCGGACCAAGUAGAGUGAAUGAGACCCAACAGCCCCAGCAGGCGACCAUGAUAUCCCACACGCAGCCAGAACACCCCAGCAAUGAGGAUGCUCCCAGCCGGACGAUCCCUACUGCCUGCGUCCGGCCGACACAUCCCCUGCGAAGCUUUGCCAACCCCUUGUUACCUCCUCCAAUGUCUGCACUGGAACCAAAAGUUCCUUAUACGUCACUUUUAUCUCAAGCAGGGUCCAGUUUACCUAAGCCACAAGUGAAGACAGCAUCAUUGGGCCUGGCAGGAAAAGCAAGAUCUCCGCUUCUCCCUGUGUCAGUACCGACUGCUCCAGAAGUGUCAGAGGAGAGUCAUAAACACACAGACGACCCUGCCAGUGUGUACGAGCAAGAUGACCUGAGUGAACAAAUGGCAAGCUUAGAAGGUUUGAUGAAGCAGCUCAACGCUAUCACAGGCUCUGCUUUCUAAGACCAUCUGAAAGGAAAUUAACUCUUUCUGCUGCCGAUGGGCCUGGAAAGCAUUGCAGAGCAAUGCCCUUUAGCUCCCUCUGAAUGGUAGCCAAGGAGUUAAUUGGACACCCACAAAUGUUGCAGCAUACCAGUGUUUUACAAUGAAAAGCAAUGGACGGACCCACAGGCCUUUCCCCAUCCAUGAAUUGAAUACUUGCAAGAAUUCACGUACCCAUCGACUCAUCUCUUCAGAACCAUUUUAUCUGUUUUCUUAGUUCACGGAAAUCAAUGUAAGGAUUUUGUGUCAAAGACUCUUUCGCUGGAAAGAUUGAGUGACACUUCAGAACCUGAAAUGCCGAUACGCCAAGCCCGGUCUAUAAUUCCAGCCUGGUGAUAUAUUUAUUGAUGAAAUCGGACGUGUUCUCAUUCCAUGUUCAUUGUUUGGGGGUUUAGUAAGGGUGUAAUAUUUAAAGGUUAAUCUUUAUUUUUUUCCAUUUUUUAGGAAAAGCUUUUAUUUUGAAAUCGACAUAAGGAAAAGAACACGUUGUAGUAUGUGACACAUAAAAAAAUACAACAAAAACAGAAAACUCUCAUAAAGAGGUGUUGAGGAAAAGGAGUGAACCUACAAGUCUAUGACGUACAGAUGGAGUAGAACGUGUUUCAUUCGAUAGUUCUCCUUUAUAGCAAGUCUUUUUUUGUUUUCAAUUUUAAGGGGUUUUCCAAGAAAAAUCAUAUCGGUCAACAUGUUUAAUUCCCCAUGCUUGUCACAAGACCAAGAAUAUAACUUAUUACCUUUCCACAGUACCACUACAGAGCACAAAGACGAGGAUCCCUUGUCUCUGAAUGAGGGAAGAGGCAGUCAGACACGUUCCCUAUUCAGUUACUAUGUGACUGCCGGAGAUAGUCCUCUACAGCAGCGGUCCCCGACCCAGUCCUGAAGUUACUCCAUUGGAAUAGAACGGAAAAUAAUUAAAAUCCUGAACUGUCAGUGACUUUAAGGACUGGGUUCGGGACCUCUGGUCCACAGCACUAAGCUAUAUUUGGAGCAGUUGCACCCCUGCUGAUCAGACAUUAAAUAUGUGAUAAGUUAUAAUGUUGUGAUAGCCCCUUUAUCUAUGAGCCAAAGGAAUCAUUCACACAGCAGAAUUCUUGGAGCUGAGCCUAUAGGGCUUUUUCUUAUAUGUAGAGAAGCAGGCAAAAAACUGGAUAAUGUCCUAAGAAAAGAUAGUUGUAGUUAAAAAUACUUCCAUACAUACAUACAGAGCAAGGAACUAUUUUUUGGACUUCCGUAUAAAAUCGGAGACCAAUAUAAAAGUCCUAUUCUAUCUCCGUAAAAAAAAAAAGUAGCCAUAAUACAUUGCAUGUAAAAGCUCUUAUUCCUUUACAAUUCUAAAGCUCAUGGCUUUUUCCAAAAUAGCUCAAUUUAAGAGAUGGAAACAUUAAAAGAUUUGAACAUUUUGUUGGCGGUGUUCCCAGAGUAAUGUGGUAGAAUGCCCUUUAGGGAUCAUACACAUGGUCGUCUUACAGCUCCAUACAAGCUUUAGGUUUUACAUAGACGUCUGUAGAGCCAUACUGUACAUCUGCAUGCCUCUGAUUUUACAUUAAUUUCCAUUAAUAUAAACAUCAGGGUAUAUUAGAUUGAAUACUAUAUUACUGAGGUUUACUAGCAGGGAAGACUACUUCCGUAAUAUGUAACAUAUGGAGGCAUUGUAUGGUGGCCCCAUAUGGUUUACAUACAGAUGGCUCUGCCGAGUGCAGAAGGCCUAAAACCCAUUCAAAAUGUUACGUAACUGACUAAUUUUAUUUACACAUUUCAUAUCCACCUAAUAACAGUAUUGUUGUAUUCCUGUGAUCACCCGCGUACGCAGAAGUUGACCAAGACGAAGGAAAACAAUUCUUUGACCUCAGACGUCUCUCCAGUUAUGAUUUAUGUCUCCUGCUCUGCAGUAGUGAUAAAGCACAGAUGAGUGGGUAUAUGGCACUGUCAGUUACCUUCUUUAUAAAAUUGAUACAAUACAUCAUACCGUGACGACUGGCACAAAGUAUCAAAGGGUUUGCGGCUUUCCCGAUCUUUUCAUCUGGUUACAUCCUGUUGUGUCAAAAGUCAGAUGCUUCAUUUUGCCAGAUUGAUUGAAAAGUUAUAGAGACUGGUUCCAUCAGUGACUACUUCGGUUGGAGGGCAUGGAGAUUAUACACUUAUUAUUAGACGGUUUGGGGGUAGUGGAAAACAUAAAUUUCCUAUUUUGUCCCUUGGGAUAGUUGGGUUUCUGCCAUCAAGUCUGUCAUGCACCUGCUGCUUGCCAACCACUAACUCAGUUGAAGCAGUCUGGAAGUUGGGGGGAAGUGAGGCCAGCACCCUCUCUGGCUACUGUGGGGAGGUGGAGGAUACAAUUUUAGUCUUUCACCUGUCUAUGCUACAGGGGUGCUAUGCUGCCAACUAGUAGACAGUUCCAAGAGGGAUACAUGACCAUGUGAGAGACUGCAAACCCCAGCUUUCACCUUACUUGGUCCUCAUGUUUUUGUCUUUUUCUGCCCUGCCAUAAUGGCAGGGCAGAAAAGGAUUGGAACAUGCGGAUCAAGUAAGGUGAAAGCUGGGGUUUAUAAUCUGUUACAGCUGACCCUCAGUUUAUUUUUUCGGCUAUUCCCUUUUCUCCCUCUCUCUUGCUUUAUCCUCUUUAUUUCAGUUCUUUUCCAUUCUCCUUCUAUAUAUUGCCAUAUAUUCCAAAUAGGCUGGUUUACGACAGCUGCAUUGUGUCCCAUAUCUGCUAUGCAUCUUUGCUAACUACUGUCUCUAUGGCAAGGGUGAGUCCUUCCCCCAUGCCAUAGGAGUUGCCUUUAGUUGACUAUGAUGGUACUGCAAGGAAAUUGAACACUUACUGCUAGUUUUCCCCAGAAAUUACAGAUGAUCACUGGGAGGGUUCCAGUAGAAGGUCACCUUGGGAUCACUUUUUUGUAAAGAGAUCCUUCCAAGAAUUAGGGAUUGUCCAAAGUGGAGAGCCCCGUUAACCUGCAGAUACAUAGGUUCCAUCAAUAUAACCCUAUGAUAUGAAAACAUACCUUACAUAUUCUUUAAGGGGUACUUUGCCCCUUGACAUCUUAUACCCUAUCCAAAGGAUAGGUGAUAAGAUGUCUAAUCGUGGGGGUCCGGCUGCUGGGCCGGCUCACGAUCUCCAGGAUGGCACCGUGGCGCUUUGAACAUGGAAGCUUCAAGCAUCUGUUUUCUUGACAUCACACCAUGCCCCCUCCAUUAAUGUCUAUGGGAGGGGCCAUGAUGGCUAGUACACAGCCCUCACACCUCCAUCAAUAGACAUGAAUGGAGGGGGUGUGACGGCUGUGGUCGUCCGUCAUCUGGCAUGGAGUGGAGUUUUCUCUGUGCACCAGAUGACUGGGGUGCCAUGCCAGAUAAUGCAGGGGUCCAGCUGCUGGGAUAGGGGUUAAGAUGUUAAGGGGCGAAGUAGCCCUUUGAGUCAAACAUUUUUAGUAUUAUUUAUAUUAGCGCAAUUUAAAUAUUUAUAUAUUGUCAAAGAAACUCCCGUCAUCCAUGGAGAUCGAAGGUUUCAUAUAGUAACUAAGUAUAAAUGGUAUUACCUGCCUCGAUGCUUCACUCUUCCCUUGAGACUUUCCGUUACACAUUGGGAAGAUUUAUCAAAACCUGUGUACAGCAAGAGUGGUGCAGUUGCCCAUAUCAAUCAAUCAGGUCGCUUCUUUCAUUAUUAAAGAGGCCUGUGAAAAAUUAAAGAAGCGAUCUGAUUGGUGACUAAGGACAACUGCACCACUCUUCCUCUACAAAGGUUUUGAUAAAUCUCCCCCCAUUGUUUUUAAAGAAUAGUUCUACCUGGAGAAGUAAACUGGAGAAGUAAAAUGUUCCAAUGUUCAGGUUGUUAUUUGCAGUUAUUAAAUACAAAGCCAGGGACAGAUCGUACAUGGAGGACAGAUAUAGAGUCCAAUGCCAGAACUUUCCUUUGGAUACAAUACAAUACACAGACGUGACCGAACAGUAUUUCAUGUAACUUGGCUAAUGUUAAACAUUUUAACCACAAUCCUUAUGAAAAAAACAAAACAGAUCAUAAUGGAAUCCAGUCAAUGCAAAAUUGGCAACCUUAAACGGGUACUCCAGUUCUGGAAAAAUGAUCCCCUAUCCAAAGGAUAAGGAAUAAGUGUCAGUUCCUGGGGGUCCAACCACUGGGACCCCCCCCCACCAUCUCCUGCACGGCACUUCUGCUCUCCUCAUGCACAGAGCUGGGUUCAGCACUCACCCUUCAAUACAUCUCUAUGGAAGAGCUAAAGCAUUGUACUUGUGUAUCUCCAGCUCUCCCAUACAGAUGCAUGGAGGGGGCCUGUCGACCACUGCUUCUUGCACGGGGAGAGUCGGGUAGCCAGGCAGGGGAUCGCAGGGGGUCAAAGCAGUCGGACCCCCAUGAAUUGACCCCCUGUCAUUUCGUUUUUUCCUAAACUGGACUACUCCCAGACUAUACCGAAAAAUAAAUUAUUUUGUAAUUCCUUAUCAUGCCGACUCCUUGAUUAAACUUCAGCUAUGUGCAAAAUUGUCUCUCCCCCAUGGUGACUGAUGCAAUAUUUUUUUGUCAUUUUUAUAAAGCAGCAUAGCGUAUAAUAGCGGAUGUAGAUCGGUUGCUAUGUGGUACCUCACAGUUGUGCACAUGGCAUUGAACUAUGAAACAAUACACAUUUUUUUCUCAAUUAUCUUUCUCACCCUUCUAUCAUAAUUCUUUGUGAAGAAUGUUGUAAACUUGUUCAAACCCGUUAACAAAUCUCCCAAAUUUUUGUCCUCCUGCUUGUUGUAUUGAAAGGAUGUUCAUGCUCUGAUCAUUACUAUACUAUUGUGAGGGUCAUACAUCACAGUAUGCUGCACGUUUUUCAGUGCAAGGAGAGCAACGUGGUAGAAGAAAAUCUAAAAAAAAAAAACACAAAAAAUAAAAAAUAAAAAAAAUAAAAACACAAAACUUUUUUUAUAACUGUAAAAUAAUUCUGCCAGCUCCUGACUUUGUGAACUGGUUUGGGGGAGGGGGUGGGGGUGUGCUUUUUUAUAAGUAUUAUUUAAUUUAUUCUUUAGAUUUGUUCCUUUUAGGUAAAUUAUGAUACAAUUUGUAUCCACUACGAAAUAGCUGAACUUGGCUUUGAGACGGAUGUACAAUUGGGAUUGUAUUUGUAUGAAUGUUUUCCAGAGCUGGAAUUUCUGUUUUUUUUUUCCCUCUGAUUUUUAUUUAUUAUUGUUAUUAUUUAAUUAAUAUAAUUAUUUAUUUUAUUUAAUUUAUUUUUUGUUUUGCCAGAACAAUUCACUAAAGAUUAUCCAUUAGUUGUUACUCUCUCUCUC